AUGUUGGACAAGUCGAUUGUGGGCGGUAGUUGGGAAAGCGUGGUGUCGAGAGACGACUACGAGGUUGACUACAGCCCGAGUCCAAGAGGAUCACCUCUGAAAGAUACUUCGAAUAUUCAAGAGGAGCACUCAUUCUGCAUAAGCCGCCACAAUCCUAACAAAACAUUUCGCCGCGAAUCUGUCAUUGCUUCAUGGAAGAGCUUAAAGAAAGAGAGAGAACUGGCUUUAGGCAAACGAAUUAUUUACGUUGAUGCGGAGCAUUAUCAAGAUUAUUAUGGAAGGAACAAGGUCAAGCGUUGCAAGAGCGACAGAACCGCUAACGUUCCUCGAGUGAACAAGAAAGUCAAGCGAACAUAUUCAGUCCUUUACCGAUACGAUCCAACGGAAGAAAAAGUCGUCAAGGAGUACAAGUAUCAAAUCCCUAAGGAACCGGACAUGCCAGUAUGUUCAGGCUUGCAGAAAUCAUAUUCAGAACCGUUUCUUUGCCCGGAACGAAUGCCAAAGAAGAAAGUGAAGAGGUCCCUUACGACGUUAUUGAACAUAAAGACGAAAUUUCUUAACAUAUUCUCGUCAAAAAGUUAA